AUCCUUGUUCUCAUCAUCAUCGUCUUUACCAUCAAAGUGUUUAAUCCCUUUUCUUUGGCUACAAACGACUGAAAAUCCCUUGAAAACCAUGGAUAUAUCCAUGUUAAUAUCAUUUUCCGAUCAACAAAUCUCCGACAUCUCAACUUCGUGUAAUCAUCUAAUGAUUGAUCUUAAUUAUAUAACUGAUUAUGUUAUUUCCAAAUUUUUGCAAAACUCAUCGAUCUCUUUCUCAUCUUGCAAUCAAACCGUCUCAUCUGAAGAUGGAAUUGAUCUCAAAGCCUACAUUUACCUAUCUUUUAUUUUAUUAAUUUUAUGCCUUGUUUUUGGGGCAACAAUUUAUGAUUACAACAGUAGUGAGUCUGAAACAAAUGAAGACAAUUGUAACACCAAUUUAAAUCUAAUGAAAGGCCAAUGUUCAUCCAUUGUCAGCCUGGACUCGGUUCCAUCGGUUGACAACAAUGUUGACUCGGAUGAACCUUUGGUUAGACGAGUUAACCUUUUUAAGUCAAUUGUAUUAGCUUUUUCAGCCAAACAAAAUAUUAAUUUAAUCCUCGAUACAAACAAUAAUCACAGUAGCAACCCUAGUAAUCAUAAUAAUUAUCAAAUUAGGAACCAUUUUAAUAACAAUAACAAUGGUAAAAGUGACAAUUAUCACAAUGAAAGUUCAAAUAGAAACAGAAGUGAUGAUAAUGCAAAUAAUAAUACAAUAAGCAGCAACAUUAUUGGUGAUGAGAAUGGCAUCAAUAAUGGUAACAAUAAUAAUAAUGUUAACGGCAACAUCAAUGAUAAUGUUAAUGUUAAUAGCGAUGAUAAUACAAAUAGUGAUAUGAAUAAUGGUAAUCGUUAUUCAGAGAAGCAAAUUUCAUCAAUUCAUGGUCUCAAAGUUAUCUCAAUGUUUUGGAUUAUUGGUGGUCAUUCAUAUUCAUUUGCCAUGCAAUGGCUUUUCUUUCAAAACUCACAAGACAUUGAAUACGAUUCCAAAAUGAUAAUCAGCCAAAUAUAUGCCAAUACCAAUUUUUCAGUCGAUUGUUUCUUCUUUACAAGUGGUCUUCUAGUUGGCUAUGCUGUGUUCAAAGAGCUUCGUCGUUUCGGUCGAUUAAAUUAUUUUCAAUUCUAUCUUCAUCGAUACAUUCGAAUGACGCCUUUAAUGAUGAUCAUCAUCGGCUUUUGUGUUACUCUCCUCAAGUACAUGGGGUCAGGACCAACCUGGGUCGAAUCAACAACCAUGUUCGAUAAAUGGUGCCAAAACAAUUGGUGGAUCAAUUCACUUUACCUUCACAACUUUAUCAACCGGGAAAACAUGUGUUUGAGUCACUCAUGGUACUCAGCUGUUGACAUGCAACUUUACUUUAUAUCUCCAUUAAUCUUGAUACCUCUUUUCUGGUUUCCCUUUUGGGGAAUCCUUUUAAUUGUAUUGCUUCUCACUGGAUCAAUGAUUAUCACCGCAACCUUAACAAUAGUUAACCAUUAUCCACCGGUUCCUUACUUAACCAACAUAACCUCAAGAGAGGCUCUCGACGGUUACUAUGGAUGGAUUUACAUCAAACCAUGGUGUCGAAUCGGUCCUUACCUGAUUGGAAUCUCAAUUGCUUACCUAAUUUAUCUGCACAACAACAAACCAAAGAUAAAAAAGAGAUUCGUUGUUAUGGGCUGGUUUUUGGCACUUUUACUCAAUGCUGGCAUCUUGUUGGCCAUGUUUCCAGCCAUCAAUGGCUAUCCUCUAAGUGACGCUGUUGCAGGCCUUUACAGUGCCACUUCUCGGACUCUUUGGUCAAUCGGUUUAGCUUGGAUUGUCUAUGCCUGUGUCACUGGACACGGAGGAAUAAUCAAUUCACUUUUAUCAUGGAAACCGUUUAUUCCUCUGAGCAGAUUGAGCUACUCGGCUUACCUCAUUCAUCCUGUAAUUAUUGCAUGCUUUUAUGGAAGUCGAGAGACUACUUUUCACUUUUCACACUAUUUAAUGGUUUAUUUCAUUCUUGGCAACAUUGUGAUAACUUAUGUCAUUUCAUUUGGUUUAGCCGUGUUUUUUGAAGCGCCAAUUGCGGCUCUCGAGAAACUGUUUCGCCAACCAAAGUAAAGACAUUUAGUUCAACUGUAUCAACACUGCGAUACUCAAGACACUUGAAACACUCAUCAACGUAAUCAUCAUCAUAAUCAUAACCCAAUUUAACACGUACAAAGAAUUGAAGUAAAUAUCAUUGAUCAAGGUAAUCUGAUCAAAUUUACUUUCAAUCAAUCGACAAACUUUUUUAUUUCAUUUCAAUCUACAAUGAAAAAAAAUAACAAAAAACAACAAAAAAUAAUUAGGUUUUUUUCAAUUCUCUGAACUUUUCUUUUCAAAUUUUUCAUUUUUCUUCUUUUCUUUCUUCAACAAAAUGAACCAAGAAACACUAUUUUUCACAAUUAUCUUUUUGAUUAGGAAAAUUAUUUUAAUUUUGAUACAAAUUUACAAAUUUUUGUGCCAAAUAAUUAAGCCUUAAUAAGCAAGCGCGUCAAGAGAUGAAACCCAAAAAUGUUGGCUCAACAAAACGCGAUUUUCCAACCCAAUUGAUUAACUUAUUUAACUUGUACUCAAAAGCCAUCAACACUGUUCUAUUAACCAAAGGAACACCAACUUUGAUAUUCAGCAAGCACCAACUGAAUUGAAUGGCGAUUUUUCAAAAAAGUUCAUCAUUAAACUCAAAGUAAAACAUCAUGACUGCAUUUUGUACCUUGUUUUUUGUAUUCCGUUUUGAAAAUCCUUUUCUUUUUUGAUAAUCUCAAUGUAAUACGAAUUUUGAUAAUUUUCUCAAUAUUACGAUAA